GUAAUACUUACAUUUAUUUUAAGUAUAAUUUAAAUAAUAAAACAAUAAGUUAGUUCCAAAUUAUUUAUCUCAAGCAUUUAGUGUGAAGAAAAAUAUUAUCGGUUGCAGAAGGCAUGAUCUUAGGAAGCAGUGACCUAUAGUCUUGUAAGGAACAGAAAAUGCCCUAUACCUUAUCGGGUUUACUGAGGUCCAUUAAGAAGGUUUUGUAAGAUGGCUGUUGCAACCAGGAAAAAGCUGCACUUUAUCUGUACUCUAGAUGACGCCUUCUUAUUUAAUGAGAUUAAAGAGUUACAGUAAGAUUAAGUGUUAGUGUUAGAUAAAAGGGAUAUUCUGUUUUCAGAUUUAACACUCGGCACUCAGCACUGAUUCAGACAGAACAGUGAGGUCAGCAGGAAGUUAAGCUCCUCUCAGUCUGCAACUUCUUGCGAUUUUUCUCAUGCUGCAUUUCAGAGUGCACUUUCUUAACUGAAUAAAAAUGUUGAGAAAGUGUUUAUGGCUGUCAAUAGUCCUGGUGUGUUGCAGUAUCUAUGCUGACAGUGUGUUACAGUCCACACUGGUGUUGGAUAUGGCCAAGCUUCUGUUGGAUAAUUACUGCCUUCCUGAAAACCUGGUGGGAAUGCGAGAAGCCAUUGAACAAGCCAUCAAGAAUGGAGAGGUCUUGGAUAUCUCCGAUCCGAAACUUUUAGCAACUGUUCUGACAGCUGGAGUGCAAGGAGCCCUGAAUGACCCACGGCUGGUGAUCUCUUAUGAACCCACAGCUCCUGCUGCUCCCAAGCAAAGAAUGGAGACUUCUCUAACACCAGAGCAACUCUUAAGUCUUAUCCAACAUACAGUGAAGUAUGAAGUGCUGGAUGACAAUGUGGGCUACCUAAGGAUUGACUACAUCAUGGGCCAGGAUAUUGUGCAGAAGAUUGGUUCUUUCCUAGUGGAAAAGGUAUGGAAGACCUUGUUGGGGACAUCUGCUCUGAUAUUAGAUCUGCGUUACACUACCGGAGGGGAUGUUUCAGGCAUUCCAUUCAUUAUUUCUUAUUUGUACAAUGGGGACAAAGUGCUGCAUGUGGAUACUGUAUACAAUCGGCCUUCUAAUACUACUGUGGAAAUCUUGACCUUGCCAAAAGUCCUGGGUGUGAGGUACAGCAAAGACAAGGAUGUAAUUUUGCUGAUAAGCAAAUACACUACUGGUGUGGCUGAAAAUGUGGCCUACAUCCUCAAACAUAUGCAUCGGACAAUAAUAGUGGGAGAAAAAUCAGCAGGAGGCUCCUUGGAUACCCAGAAAAUGCAGAUUGGAAAUUCCCAAUUUUAUAUGACAGUACCUUUAUCAUGUUCUGUGAGCCCCUUAAGUGGCAGUGGGCAAAGCUGGGAAAUCAGUGGGGUAACGCCAUGUGUAGUCAUCUCAGCAGAACAAGCUCUGGAUAAAGCCCUGGCCAUUCUUUCACUACGCAAAGCUAUUCCGAACAGUAUGAGCUAUUUAGUGGAUAUUAUAAAGAACAAUUACUCCAUGUUGGAACAAGUCCCUGUAUUGCUGCAACACCUCUCCACUUUUGACUAUUCUUCUGUCUUGUCAGUAAAGGACCUAGCUUCCAAACUCAAUGCUGAACUACAGACCAUAUCUGAAGACCCACGUCUCUUCUUACGAGUCCCUGCCUCAGAUGAAGCUGUAACGUCCCAAACUGACGAGAAGGUUGCUAUGGCAAGUGAUUUGCCCAACAACGAACAGCUCAUGAGAGCCCUAGUAAUGACUGUAUUCAAGGUGUCUGUACUACCAGGCAACGUGGGUUACAUGCGCUUUGAUGAGUUUGGUGAUGCUACAGUACUGGUAAAGUUAGGGCCAUACCUCCUGCAGCACGUCUGGGAGCCACUGCAAGCAACUGACUAUUUGAUCAUAGAUCUGCGCUACAACAUUGGUGGCCCAUCAUCAAGUGCUGUGCCAGUCUUGCUCUCUUACUUCCAAGAUCCCUCUGCUGGCCCUGUGCACUUUUUUACCACCUACAACAGGCUCACAAACCAGACCCAGGCUUAUAGCAGUAGUGCUGAAAUGGUAGGCAAGCCCUAUGGGGCACGGCGUGGCGUCUACUUACUCACUAGCCACAACACAGCUACAGCAGCUGAAGAAUUUGCAUACCUUAUGCAGACCCUUGGCCGUGCCACCCUGGUUGGUGAGAUUACUGCUGGUAGCUUAUCUCACACACACACCUUCUGCAUCUUAGAGCUUGGAGGGGGUUGUGGCCUCCUUAUUAAUGUGCCUGUCAUUACUCUCAUUGACAACCAUGGAGAGUACUGGCUUGGAGGUGGGGUGGUACCUGAUUCAAUUGUGCUAGCCGACGAGGCUCUAGAGAAGGCAAGAGAAGUGUUGGAGUUCCAUAAGGGCAUGGGGUCACUUAUUGAAAGAGUUGGACAAUUGCUUGAGGCUCACUAUGCUAUACCUGAAAUGGCUAGACGAGUCAGUAGCAUGCUGAAUUCCAAGUUGGCCCAAGGAGGAUAUCGUACCGCAGUGGAUUUUGAGACACUUGCUUCUCAGCUGACUAAUGACCUUCAGGAAACCUCUGGGGAUCACCAGCUGCACGUCUUUCACAGUCAUGUUGAGCCUUCCCUAGAGGAACAGUCUCCUUUCAAGACACUCACCCCCGAGGAGCUGAAUUUUAUCAUUGAAGCUCUCUUCAAGGUGGAUGUCUUACCAGGCAAUGUGGGAUAUCUACGCUUUGACAUGAUGGCCGAGUUCGAGUCUGUGAAGACCAUUGAGCCACAAAUCCUUCACAUGGUUUGGGAAAAACUAGUAGAAACUAGUGCCAUGAUUGUUGACAUGCGCUACAACACUGGCAGUUAUUCUACUGCAGUGCCCAUGUUUUGCUCCUAUUUUUUUGAUGCUGAGCCUCAACAGCACCUUUACACAAUCAUUGACCGUAGCACCUCUCAGAGUACUGAAGUAUGGACUUCAUCCCAGGUAUCUGGCAAACGUUACGGCUCAACUAAAGAUCUUUACAUUCUAAUCAGUCACGCUAGUGGGUCAGCUGCUGAAGCCUUUACUCGCUCUUUGAAGGACCUGCAUCGUGCCACAGUAAUUGGGGAACCCACUGUGGGUGGCUCACUCUCUGCAAGUAUUUACAACAUAGGCAGUACUCCACUGUAUGCUUCCAUUCCCAGCCAGAUUGUGCUUAGUCCAGUCUCUGGUAAAGUGUGGAGCCUGUCUGGGAUACAGCCACAUGUCACUACCCAGUCUAAUGAAGCCCUGGCCUCAGCCCAGAACAUUAUUCUCUUUCGCACCAAACUACCUAGUGUCUUAAAUACUAUUGGAAAACUGGUGGCUGACAACUAUGCCUUUGCCGAUAUUGGGGCUACAGUGGCAGCCAAGUUUGCUGACUACGCUAAGAAAGGGACUUACCGAAAGAUCAACAGUGAAAUUGAACUUUCUGGGAAACUAGCAGCAGAUCUAAAAGCUCUUUCUGGAGAUAGGCAUCUGAUGAUAUCCCAUAUUCCUGAACGUUCAAAGGGCCGAAUCCUAGGACUUGUGCCCAUGCAGAUCCCUCCACCAGAAAUAUUAGAAGACCUCAUUAAGUUUUCUUUGCACACCAAUGUGUUUGAAAAUAAUAUUGGCUACCUGCGAUUUGACAUGUUUGGGGACUGUGAGCUUAUGUCCCAAGUCUCUGAGUUGCUAGUGCAACAUGUGUGGAAUAAAAUCGUCAACACUGAUGCAUUAAUUAUAGAUAUGAGAUACAAUGUAGGGGGGCCUGCAUGUUCUGUCCCACUGUUGUGCUCCUACUUCUUUGACGAAGGACAUCCAGUUCUUCUGGACAAAGUAUACAACAGACCAAAUGAUACCACCAGUAAUAUUUGGACUGUUUCAAAGCUUGCAGGUAAAAGAUAUGGCCUCAAUAAAGGCUUGAUCAUUCUCACCAGCUCUGUGACUUCUGGUGCUGCUGAAGAAUUUGCACACAUCAUGAAGAGACUGGGUAGAGCCUUCAUCAUCGGACAGAAGACCAGUGGGGGUUGCCACCCACCUCAGACAUUUCAUGUGGAUGGCACUAACCUCUAUAUCACAACCCCUGUGUCGAGAUCUGUCUUUUCUGUUAAUGACAGCUGGGAAGGUGUUGGAGUGAGCCCUCACUUGGAUGUUUCCACUGACGUGGCACUCAUCAAAGCAAAAGAAAUGCUCAAAGCACAUCUCCAUUAGUUUGGGGUAAGAAGGGGAAAAUAUUCAUGGAAGUAAUGAGUACAAAUGAAGAAUUAUGAAAGAAAUAUAUCAAAUAAAUAUUCCUUUAUUUUCAUUAGGAAGUGAGUUUCCCACCCCCUUGAAAAUCUACAAGAGUACUUAUGUAGAACCUCAAAGGUAGAAAACGAGGAAAAGAAAAAAAAGAUGAUGAUCCACUCCAUAAAUUGCAGCUUUUCUUUCAUAGUCUCAAACCCCCAAACUCUCAGUUUCUUCAUAGGUAGGAUUAGUAUUAAUAUGAUGAUGAUCUUUAUUUCUAUCCUACCUUUUCCCCCAUAGGGAUUCAAGGCGGCUAAAAAAUAACAUGACAGAACCCAGUAAAAUUUUAAGACAAGGCAAAUUAAAAAAAAACCCUGAAUGCAUAUAGAAUUAGGGACUACAGUGUUCCCUCACUUAUUGCGGGGGUUACGUUCCAGGACCACACACAAUAAGUGAAAAUCCGCAAAGUAGGGACACUAUAUUUAUUUUAAUAUUUAUACAUUAUUUUAGUAGUUAUACAUUAUUUUAAGUCUUUAUCAACCAAUCGUGUAUUAAUAAAUCACCUCCUUUUCCUCCUGUUGCCGCUUGGGAUCCUUUUCUCUUCCUUCUUCUCCUUCCUCCCUUCCUUAGGCUGUAAAUUGUAAUUUUUUAUGAUUUAUAAUAUUCUUUUAGAGUUUAUUGAAAAACUGCGAAACAGAGAAUCCGUGAAAAGUGAACCGCGAAGUAGUGAGGGAACUCUGUAUUGAUUGUAGGCAGUUGGCGUGAAGGCUUCAAGUUGCUUAUAUAAUUUUCCAUUUAACUAUUUCCAUUUUCUGUAGUGGUGCAAAUAUCUUGGAUCAAAUCCAUGUAGCAUAUAGCCACCUAUAUCUUGCCUUGCUAACAUAUGUCCCUGAUUCUUUCCUGAUUUAUGUAUUUUCGUAUGUAUGUAAUUAAAAUGCUAUCUUUUUGCAGCCCAAUAAGUUCUGUAAAAACUAGAUGGAAAAGUCCAUACUAAAUAGUAAUACCUGAGAAACUCGGGAACAGAAUUGUUGAGUAUUAUAAGCAUUUAACUGGGUAGCUGAUACAUAUUGUAAUACACUGAAUUACAGAAAGUAUGUUUGUAUAGAUACAGUAGCCACUGCGGUUAUACAAGACAUUAGGGAUCAUGGCAGGACCUAAGGAUAGAACAUCACAGAUAUCCUUAUGUCUUUGAAAAUAUUCUGACCUACCAACUGAAACAGUGCUAUGCAGAGAUAGCCACACACAGAGAACAUCAAGCUCUUCAUCUCCAGUAUUAGAGAAGAUCCUGAAAACAUUGUUGAGUCCCCUCAGGUGAGAAAGGUGGGAUAAAAAUGUUGUAAAUAAAUAAAUAAACAAACCAUAAAGUUCAUACAGUCCAACAUCCUUCCAUGCAGGAAGGAAUACACAACUAAAGCAGUUUUGAGAGAUUGACAUCCCAUGUCUGUUUUAAUAAUAAUAAUAAUAAUAAUAAUAAUAAUAAUAAUAAUAAUAAUAAUAAUAAUAAUACUUUUAUUUAUAUUCCGCCCUUCUCUCCAAGGGGACUCAAAGCAGAUUACAACAUAUAAACAGACGCAGGCAAACAUUCAAUGUCUUGUUACAAUGAAAUACAAUGAUAGACGAAUACACAGACAAAGGCAAAGGCUUCUUUCAUUUCCGGCUCUGGAGGUAGUGCUCCUCUGGGGGAGGUGCUCUUCUCCAUUUCCAAGCCGAGGAGCCUGCGUUGUUCUUAGACACCUCUUGGUCAAGUGGCUGGCAUAAUUGCUUGGAGAGUGUUUUUAUCUUUUCCUGCCAAAACAGUACUUAUUGAUCUAUUCCAUCCGGCCCCUCGUCAGCCAUUGGAGAGUGCUCCAGCUGCAUUGGAAGUGAGGAAUAUUCUCCUAUUGGCCAGCAGGCGACGCAGUCCAGCCUCUGCAGGGAAUCCUCCCUGACGUCAUCAGGGCUCAGCCAAUCACGGCAGAGCCAGCCCAAAUUGGCGGGGGCAGGGGGGGAAGCAAAAAUUUAAAAGGAGUAAACUGUAUAACAAUGUCUGUUUUGCAAUGUAUGGGAUCUCAGCUUGUUUUGGCAAAUAACCACAAGCUGGCAUUACUUUCAGCUGACUGAAUAAAAUACCUCGGUGGCUUCUUCUUCAA